AAGGUUUGCUUUGAGUGUCCUUCGAAACUCCACAUUGGCCAGCAAGUUGUGAUUCCGUCAAACCUACUAUAAGAAACUUAGAGAAACAGGCGAUAUAGCUAUUGAACCACCAGAAUUGAGAAACCCCAUUGUUGUUCGUGGAAAGAACUGUCCAUCUUGCCAUAGAUUCAUUGAGAAAAAUGGAGGAUGCCCAUCGAUGAUUUGUGUUUGUAGAGCUCAUUUUUGUUGGGGUUGUGGACAACUAUGGGCCAACAGAAUACACGGAGAUGAAUGCUACAAAUAUGGUUAUAAAGACCACCAUAAUACGACUGAAAAAACCUUUGCAUCUACAAACCUUCUUGAUCGCAAACAUCGCCAAAAGUGGUACAAGAUGGCCCUCGUACAUCGUGUCAAUCAACAUGCUGGCAGACUACACAAAUUAAAGACAGCCGUAAAGCCUUUGGCCAAGAAGUUGCAAUAUUAUAUUGUUCGAGCAGAAAACCAAGGUGAAGUAGUAUCAUUCGACUUUGACUUUGCAAAUAAAACAUUUAUUAGGCAGACUGAAAGAACAGCGUAUUUCUUGAAAAAUACUAUUGACCUUUAUGUAGAAAUUAAUCACGUUGUUGAAAACACUUCUGUGUUGCUGAACUCUGAACAACUUCCGACAGAUUACAGACAGGUUCUUCAACACAUCUCUCACAGACUUUCAAGCUUUUCAGAUGUAAUUUACGAACUAUUUUUAAGCAGUGAGAUAAUUACUGGCAAAGUUUUGUUAGAAAAAUUGAAAGAUGUAAGGUCUCAUACUCGUAAAACAUUUCAGAGUCUUAUAAGAUGCAUUAAAUCUAUGAAAGCAUAAACACAGAUGUCGAUUUUUCAUGUGAUGUUUCUGUGUAUAAUUUCCCGCUCAUGACUACUCUCUUUCUUUCAUAUAGUUACAUAGUUACUUUAUACAUGUAUAUUACUAAUGUUAUUUAUUAUUAUUAUUUGAUACUGAUUAAAUUCAUGACAAUAAAACAUUAAUUGAU